GUUGUUCACUUGCUAUUCAGCCUAUACCCUCUGAGAACUUUGAAACGGAACCAUGCAAGCGAGUGAACUACGCGAAGUCUCCCUUGCCUUGCGCACUGCGCGCAGCAAUCAAACCCCAAUCGACACCCCUACGAAAACAUGGCCCGCACUUGACGCUGAGGGUGGUUUCGAAGUUCAGCGAAUCACCGCGGAGGAAUCGAUCAAGAACGGCGACCGAUUGGUCGGAUAUAAACUAGGAAACAUCGCCAAGGUAAUGCAGGAUGCGUUCGGGCUUGAUCAUCCAGACUACGGGUUCCUUCUGGCCAGUACAUUUGUCUAUGAAGGGACAACACUCAACCUGAAACAGUACAUCAAACCAUUCGUGGAGUUGGAACCAGCCUUCGUUCUCAGUGGCCCUCUCCGUGGGCCAAACUGCACUGUUGCCGAUGUUAUAAAUGCAAUUGAUUAUGCUAUCCCCGCUAUUGAAAUUAUUGAUUCCCGUGUGAAGAACUGGGCAAUCGACCUCCCCGAUACCCUGGCUGAUAACGGUUCAACGGGCUCUGUGAUUCUGGGUGGUACUCCACGGAAACUUACUGAGUUGACCCUGCGCGACACCCGAGGCACAUUGCGUUUUAAUGAUAAGGAAGUUAUGUCGGGCAACACCGCGAACAUUCUUGGAAACCCACUUUCUGCUACCGCAUGGUUGGUCAAUCGACUGGCUGCCUAUGAUAUCGAGUUCAAACCAGGCCAAGUGAUUCUGCCUGGCAGUUGCUUACAAGCCGUCCCUAUGGAGGAAGCUGGUCACUGGACAUGCACGUUUGAGGGCUGGGGCACAGUCGAAUUUGAUGUUGUAUGA